AUGGGUCGACGGCCCAAAAACCCCAAGGACGUGGAGAAAGGCGGAGGAACACCCGACCCCAGCUCACCAUGCUUUGUGGGCUCCAUGAAGUGGCAUCCAUCUUCUACCAGCCGCACCGGUUUCGAGCGCGAUAAGGGACAUCUCACUCUGACCCAGGAAGCUCGCAACACGGAACGUUACACAACCCGCAGGAGCUACCUCAAACUACGAUAUAACGAAGUACAAUUCGUUAGUGCUGGUGAUAUGCUGCCUGGAGAUCUCAGCGUCCUCAACCAUCAGAUAAAAAACGAUCCGGCUUCUGACCAGCCCAAUGCCGCCCUUUCCUCCACAGAUCCUGUCAUUCUGGGCCAAAGCGAUGUGAAUGGGCACUGUCAAAAGUGGCUGAAUGGCACCGUUGAAGAAACUAUGACCGGGCCAGAUGAAGAAGCAGCAAGGGGGGGAAGAAGAAGAAGAGGAGGAGGAGGAGGAGAUGGACACGAAGAAAGCCUUGGAGAGCGAGAAAGGGGAGGAAAGGGAGAAGAAUCUGGGGUAAAGCUUGACGUUGAUACAGAUUCCACGGAUAUAUUUUUCAUUGAUCGGGAGGGAGAGGACCCCCAGGAGCAUCUGGAACCUAAGAACCCCGCCACUUCGCACAACACCCUGGCAGAUGCACAGCUGGACUCCAGCGAAGACGAGGUGGUUUUCACAGGGAGGGGCAAAAGCUUCCAUUCCUUCCCGGCCCCCUGCAGCGAGAAUUUAAAUACCAUUAACGAACGAGAAUUCUGUACAGGCCACGAGUCUUCGCCCGGGAAACGUGAUAAGGAUGGUCAAGAACCCGUGGUUUCGGAACCAGCCGCUCCAUCCGAUAACGAAUCCGACCCCAUAAUUAUCCAUACCCUUUAUCCGGCGUUGUGUAAUAACCCAGCGAACCAACCUGAAUUCAUAAGCCUCGGAGGAAAUCAAAAGCGUUCCCACGCCCGUAAUCAGAGAAAGCCAAAUUCACAGUGGAAUUCUGACGAAUCCGAAGUCUUGGCCGAUUACAUCGCGAAUAUGACAGGUGACCACUCCAGUGAGGAGGGUGAAGACAAAGAAGAAGAUGCUGGUGUGAGAGGGAUCAAUGCUCAAAGCCAAACACACCAUGAUCGCAGAGCAUCAUGGAGUUCUGCAGAUCUUGAAAACUUAAACGACCUUAGCUCUUCUGAUGAACUGCCAGACGAGGUUUCGUGCGUCUUUUCCAUGAGGGAGAGGAAUCAGGGUAUCCAAUAUUUGCUUGUCGGGGUGGGUGAGAGCACAGAUGAAGCGCGUUGGAUUGGAAGGGAACUCUUGACAAUGCCUGGUGCGGCUGAAUCGAUUAAGCGUUUCGAGGAGAAGGUCGCGUCGAUCGAAUCUAGUCAGGAAAUGGACUCUGACUCUUCUUCAUCGAAUGAGAUGGGAGAGGAAGACAAGGUUGAAGAAUUUGAACCCCAUACCACUGAACAGCAACUCGACAUGACAGAUGAGCAGAUGGCGCGUCUACUCCAAACCCAAGGGUCUUUUGGCUUGGGAACAAACGAUCUCCUACUCUAUGACGAGAAUGAUGCCGUUGACGGCUUUGAAAAGGCGACAAGAUCGCAGUUCUCGUACACGUCUGUAUCCAAAUUAACUGUGCGACGGAACCGAGCUGGUCACUUCCCUUCUGCCUCCGCUCUUGCGAAUGCCCUGGAAGAGGAUCCAUAUGGUGGAAUUGAUGCUAUGGCCUUUGACCGCCCACGCCUAAAGAAUAAACUGAAGGGGCGCCGCCAUGCCCAUCAACAAGAUUUUGGUUUGUCUGAUAGUGACAUGGCUAGGGAAUUGCACUUAGCUUGGGAGAAUGACCGGAAAAAAAAGAAAACGAAGAGGCAAGAGAGAGAAGAACAAAGAUCAGGGGGCUUGUUGGGCACCGGGCCAGGGAAGGUAGAUUUGAAGGCAAAAUACCCGCACGGCAUGACCUUGGAUAAUGUUAAAGACGAAAUACGGAACUUUUUGGCAUCGCCAUAUCAGAGUCUUACUUUGCCUCCGAUGGACAGGAGAAACCGAAAGUUCGUCCACGAGAUCUCACACUCACUUUCCCUGAAUUCAAUAUCCCGAGGUAGUGGCGCGGCUCGCUUUCCGAUCCUUACCAAAACAGCCAACACGCCAGAUGUAGAAGGAAAUGAAAUAGGCCAUGUUGAGAGAUUAUUUUUUGGUGAGCGGUUUCUGCGACGAACGGAUAGACGCCAACGAGGUUCUGGGGGUCCGAAUUCCGCGGCCCAAUCUCGUGGCGCUAGUGUAAGAGCUGCGUCGUAUAUGGAUGGGGACAUAGUUGGCGCAUCUGCACCGGAAAUCGGGGCGGAGAACAAAGGCCGUGCGAUGCUGGAGAGGAUGGGUUGGAGUAGUGGAACUGCUUUGGGUGCCGCUAACAACAAGGGGAUAUUGCAUCCUGUUGUUCAUGUGGUUAAGAACACCAAGGCUGGGUUGGGGUGA